UGCAUCAUCCACACUCACAAACUUACCUACCUUCACACCGUACACAAACAAAGUCGCGUCUUGAUUUCUCGUCUUGUUGACUUUGGAUGUUGACUAUGACUGUUGGCGUUACAAUCGGCAAGGAAGGCGCUUUUUUGGUGUCGCGUUUUCUGCCAAAACUCAUCUCAAACUCAUCGUCUUCCUUACAUGGGCCGAGGCACGUAGGGAUCACCUUCUUCCUCACUUACAUGAUCAUCUCACUGAGAAUUUCACACUGACUCUCAUGAUGAGUCUCAUUAUGAGUGUCUCAUCUUCCAGUCACACUUCAUCUCUGUCAAUGUUCAAUGUGUCCCAUUUUCGCAAUGCACGCAUUUACGGCCAUUCCGUUGCUAAAAACCCACUUCCCAUGCCCUUGUCAGUCUCCGCGUCUUUGCCUUUGCUUCCUCGGCAAAACAGAGCAGCUUCUGCUCUCUCAACUCAUCCUGGGUAUCCUUCAUCCCCACAACCGGCAGCCAUGUAUGUCCUGGCCUAUUUUUUGUCCCCCCGUCGCCGCAAAUUUUUGGUUCCCCUCAUAUCGUCAUAUGCCAUCGUCAUUCGUGGCCACCGAGGUAGAGUGAGGAUAUGUUCCUCUCUGAGUCAAGAUAACCCGAGAAUCGUUGUAGACUCCCUGGCCUCUCAUCACCCAAACGCCCUUCCAUUCCUGCCAAGCGUCCCGAAAAGGGUCGGUCGGCAUCGAAAAGGGACGAACAUCCACCAGGACAGUCCUCGUCAGAUUGUUUGCACGCGCAUACAAAGGAAACUGGCGCAGUAAACGCCCAUUACCAGCAGAAAAGGCGCUGAGCGAGUCUGCCCGCGCGCUUCCCAAAGCUUUUAUGUUCUGGCUCCAUUGCCAAAAAAGAGAAAACUGCCAACACCAUAUGCAAUGCCGAACCUUCGCCAUGAACCUGAGAAAAGGAAUUGCUGCCGCUUUUUGUACUCCAUCAUGCAAAUGCGAUUGCAGUCCAUUGCGGGCCGUCCACUAUUUGUUGUUGUUGUUGUUGUUGU